GUCCGAAAGCGCCGCGCAAAGAUUGGGACGGUUGUUCGCGCUCCCGUUUCCCCAAUUGGCAAAACAGGGCGCGUCAGACACCUUUUCCCGUCAAGAACAAAACAACAACAAACAACCAGGCGGCCAACGACGACCCUCGUUCUCGCGUACAAAAAGGACCGUGGUGAAAUCGAAGCGCUCCUAUACUCCAGCUUCGCUGUAAUCCAUCCACUCUCAAACGCACCGUCUCUUCAAGGAGCUCCUAAGAUAGAAAAUGGGCUUCUUCCAUAGGCUCAACGCCAGCGUGGCGGGUUCCCCCGUAGGGAAGUGGUUCAAACUCGAAGGCUCUGGAGCAAAGAACGAACGAAUCGGAAGCAAUUUCACGACGGAAAUGCGAGCUGGUCUCGCUACGUUUGUGACGAUGGCAUAUAUCAUUAGUGUCAACGCAACCAUUUUGAGCGACACUGGAGGCACAUGUGGAUGCACACAGGGCCCUGAUGUCUGCCUUGCCGACCCAGUCUACCAGGACUGCUUGCGAGACUUGCGGAAAGACCUCAUCACAGCAACUUCAGCCAUCGCCACCAUCUCGACCUUUGCCAUGGGUCUCUUCGCCAACCUGCCAUUGGCUUUGGCACCAGGACUCGGUGUCAACGCCUACUUUGCCUACACAGUCGUUGGUUUCCACGGAACCGGAAAGGUGUCAUACCAAACAGCAUUAGCGGCUGUCUUUAUCGAAGGUCUCAUUUUCCUGGCCCUCUCGCUCCUCGGUCUCCGUCAACUCCUCACUAAAGUCGUCCCACUGUCGAUCAAAACCGCCACCGCGGCCGGCAUCGGUCUCUUCCUGGCCUUCAUCGGACUGCAAAGCAGCGAGGGUAUCGGAAUCGUUGGUGGAAGUUCCGCAACACUGGUUACGCUCGGUGGAUGCCCACCGGACUUCAAAGACAAAAACGGUGCCUGCACGUCUCGGACAAUGGAGUCGCCCACAACAUGGGUCGGCAUCCUCGGCUUCAUCAUCAUCGCCAUCCUCAUGUCCUACCGCGUCAAGGGAAGUCUCCUGAUCGGAAUCGUGUUCAUCUCGGCCAUCAGCUGGUUCCGGUCCACGAGCAUCACGUACUUCCCCUACACCGACAACGGCAACAGCGCGUUCGACUACUUCAAGCAGGUCGUCGACGUCCCAAAGAUCCGCCACACCGCUGGCGCGCUCGACUUCAACCUUUCGUCCUCGUCCGUGUGGAUUGCCCUCGUGACGAUGUUGUACGUUGACAUUUUGGACACCACCGGAUCCCUGUUCUCCAUGGCCAAGUACGCCGGCCUCGUUGACGAGCACGGCGACUUUGAAGGCUCCUACCCCGCCUUCAUCACCGAUGCGGCAUCCAUCAGCAUCGGGUCCCUCCUCGGCACAUCGCCCAACACCGUGUUCAUCGAAUCCGGUGCCGGGAUCGCUGAGGGAGGAAAGACGGGGUUGACCGCGAUCGCUGCGUCGUUCUUUUUCUUCCUGAGCUUGUUCUUUGCGCCCAUCUUUGCAUCCUUCCCGCCUUGGGCGACGGGACCCGCGUUGAUCCUGGUCGGCGUGUUGAUGGCGCAGACGGCCUUUGCGGAUAUCAACUGGAGGUACCUCCCUGACGCCAUCCCUGCUUUCCUCACCAUUGCGAUCAUGCCAAUGACCUACAGCAUCGCCUACGGCCUCAUCGCGGGCCUCGGCUCCUACAUCGCCAUCAACGGCACCAUCUACCUCCUCCGCGUCGUCUCGGGCGGCCGCCUCGUCCCCGCCGACAAGGACCUGAAAGAGCAGUGGGGCCCCGAACACGCGCGAGAGCUCUUGCCGUUCUGGCUGUCGUAUUUCUUCCGGUAUGGAAAGGACGACGAGAAGAGGGGUGACAGGAGCGUGGGCGCGACGAAUGUGGAGGAGGAGGGGGAUGUGGAGAUCAGUGUGCAUCAGGAGGGGGAUAAGCAUUUAGAUUAGGCGCGUGAGAUGAUGGUGUAAAGUAGUCUGAUGGAUUAUGGACUACGAUUCAGUUCAUGUGUGUUUGACACAGACGGUGUAUAAUGGUUUUGGUAGUCUGUCGUUUAGUGUUGUUUGUAGCAUAGAGUGUAUAAAAUACAGUCAUGAGAAGCAACAUGUCAUCCCAAAUCAGUUGGAAAGUGGCAGAGUUCCGGUUCUAUUGCGGACCCAAUGG